AUGUCGAUAAUAUUAGACCCUCAGGAAGGACGAUCUUUGAAUGCCUUAAAUAGAACAUGCAAGCUCCCAGAAGAAGUUAAAGCGAGUUCGAAUCAUAGCGAUAGUUAUGAAGAGAUAUUAGACCCUCAGGAAGGACGAUCUUUGAAUGCCUUAAAUAGAACAUGCAAGCUCCCAGAAGAAGUUAAAGCGAGUUCGAAUCAUAGCGAUAGUUAUGAAGAGGUAUCCUUUGGAAGCGAAAAUGUUACUGUGCCAGCAAGGUUAUGGGCUAAUAUGGAGUGGACGUCUCAUACCUCCGCGACGCGACAACUGCUGCAGGCUGUCUUUCCUAGGAGGACCAGUAUUACAACAAAAUAUGCGGACGAAAGCAAAAUGUUCAGAACACGUCAACAAAAUAAAAAGAAGCGAAAGUCCACAGAAAAAGAAAAUAUCGGCUCAGGUAAUGAAUCGGAAGGAUCUCUUAUUUUAAAUAGAAAAAAGAAACGAACAAAAACAUAA